CGUCUAUUCUUUCCACCCCUUUCUUUUUUUUCUUUACUUCAAUAUUUACUUGUUAUAUAGACAUUGAUACACUUUUACACUACAAUUUGCAAUGGAACAAGAAGCCAUAUGCAGAGUGUGCCGUUGUGAAGGAUCUAUCGACCAACCUUUAUUUCAUCCUUGUAAAUGCUCUGGUAGUAUUCGAUAUGUUCAUCAAGACUGUCUGAUGGAAUGGCUUUCUCAUAGUCGAAAGAAAUAUUGUGAAUUAUGUGAACAUCCUUAUACUUUCUCUCCUGUUUAUCGAGGUGAUAUGCCAGAUACUAUUCCUCUUCGUCUAUUCUUGUUACAAUUAGGAAACAAACUAUGCAAAAUGAUAUAUAUGAUAUUACGAGCCUGUUUGGUAGCUUGUGUAUGGUUAUUCAUUUUACCUUAUUUUACUAUUAAUGUUUGGCGUUUUUACUUUUGGACUGGUGAACUUCUUUCUGUUCAGUUACUCCGACUACAAAACUAUACAGCCGUUCAUAAACUUUAUUCUACAACAUCUUUACCUUCAUCACCAACAUCAUAUAUCAAUAUCAUCACCAAUACCGACUUUUACGAAGCAACCACUACUGUCGCCUCUGCUGUAGCAUCUAAUACUUUGGAAUCUGUCAUAGAAACUGCUUCUGCAUUCAACAAAACUUCUCAACAACUUGUCAAUACAACUUCUUCAGUGAGUACUACCCAUUAUGUGAUAUUCGAUCGAACUAUCAGUGUAUCUGAUAUAAAGAAUUUGCUCACUGAUUGCUUUGAAGGACAAGUCAUUACUUUUUUUGUGGUUGUAGUAUUUGUCUCGAUUUUUCAUCUACGAGAAUGGAUUGUGCAAAAUAUACCUGAAGAAUGGUUGGACGACGUGGUACACCUGGAUGACGAACCUCAAGACCAACAAGAAGAUAUUUUAGGUCCACAGGAUGAACCAAUCUUUGAAGAACAACAACAACAACAACAACUCGCUGAACCUUUGGGUACAUUGUUUGAAGAACAAGAAGAGGAUGAAGAAAACAACAACUUACCUGAUGAUCAAUAUCACCACCGCCACCAACAACAAAUAGAAGAUCAGGAUCGAAUGAAUACACAGUAUCAAUUACACCGAACAGACACUCAAGUAGAUGAAAUGGAUUAUGAAUUAGAGUAUGAUCCAAUAACGGAUAGUUUCAAAAAGCAAAAACUAUACAGACACCGUGAUAUGAAUAUUCUAGGAAUGGAAAAUGUAAGACGACAAGAUCGCGCGACCUCGGCACCACCUUCUUCUUCCAACUUCAUACAGCAUUCUUUUUUGGAUAGUGAUGGUAAUCACGUUAUGGAAGACAUGACUCAUUCCCAUUCUCCUUAUUGGCGUCUACGAGCAACAAGUGCUGAACCUGAUCUGGAAACCUGGCCUACGUCUAAUUCUUAUGGUGAAGAACAAUAUUCCUCCUCAUCUUCGUCUUCUGGAGCGGCUGGACCAAGUAGAUUAUUAUAUCGACCUCCUUUGGAUCAUGUGGAAUCAGUUACCAAAAGGGAAGCAAUUUCUCGUGAAGAUUUUAUCGCUUCUUUGAGGGAAUCACAGCAACCGCGUCCACAAUUACAACAUUCUAUAGCGGCAGUGCCUCCUUUACCGCUACGACAACAACAAGAACAACAACAACAACAGGAACAACAGGAACAACAGCAACAACAGGAGCAAGAACGACAACAACAACAACAAGAACGACAACAACAACAACAGCAACAACAAAAUGAAUUACAAGAUGAAGCCCCUCCCGUAGCUAAUGACGAUGAUAACAAUGUCGGUGAUGAUAUCAUGGAUAUUCUGGAUGCUGUUGGUAUGCGUGGUAGUUUAUGGACGUUGAUACAAAAUAUCUCGCUUAUAGGAUUGGUGAUUUUCAGUUGUCUUGGUACUGCUGUUUGGAUGCCAUAUUUGAUCGGAAUGACAUUUGUUAUGGCUGAUAUUUUUGAUGUUGUUCGAAUACCUUUGUUAGUCGUACGAACUUUAACAGAUCCAGUGAUUGAAUGGCUCAUUGCCCUUUUUAUUGAUACUAUUUGGCCUACGAUGAUGGCAGGUAUGGAAUCCAUUCUUCUCAAUAUUUCGAUGUUUAAAGCGCUACUUCCUGAUAACAUUCAACACGCUUUGAUAUCAAUGACAACUUCACUCUCAUCUUCAUUGCAUGGUUCAGUCACUUCUUUCACAUCCUCGACAUCUAUGGUGAACGGGUCUGCUGGUGCAACUAGUACGGUGUUGAAACACAUGGUGGAUCAGUCCAAUCUAGAAACAUCCUAUUUCGAUCAACUUCUUUAUUGGAUCAGUCAAGUGGAACCUACUUUGAAAUCUAUGGCUAUUUGGUAUCAACAUCUCGCUAUUGGAACAUCGGCUGUGGAUCGUACUAUCUGCAUUUUGAUUGGGUACGUGAUUGCUCUCGCUAUGAGUUCAUGUUCUAUGUUUCACUUAUUGGCAAGAAUGUUACUUGGAGAUCGUGCUCAAGGUACUAUUAGACAACAAUAUUUGAUCCUAAAGGUGGGGAUGUUUUUAUUGUUUGAACUAUUCCUAUUCCCAAUUGUGUGUGGUGUCCUUCUUGAUCUUUCGGCAGUACCUUCCUUGUUGAACCUCUCUAUCUCGCCUUGGGAUCGGUUGGCUUCUAUGUGGUCUUCUCCGAUUUCCUCAAUGUUUGUAUAUUGGUUAGUGGGAACUGGAUUUAUGCUACUCUUUGCUUGGCUCAUAACCAGCUGUCGUGAAGUUUUGCGUCCUGGUGUGAUGUGGUUUAUUCGUGAUCCCAAUGACCCUCAAUUCCAUCCUAUCAGAGAAAUUAUUCAGCGACCAGUGUGGACUCAAUUGCAAAAAUUGGCUGCUAGUGCUACUAUGUAUGCUUUCAUUAUUGUCAUUGGCGUGGGUGGUGUAGUACAAGCUAUUCAUCAUUUUGGAAAAGAUUUUUUGCCAUUGCAAUGGAAUUUGGCGCCACUUUCAGUUAUGCCUUUUGAUCUUGUUAUUGUACAAAUAGCCGUACCAGCUGUGAUUCGCUACUUCCGACCCAUUGGAACACUCAAGGCAGCAUGGGGUUGGUGGAUGCUACAACUAUGUCAUCAACUACGAUUAUCCUCUUUUAUGUUCGGUGUACGACCAGCAGUAGAAGAAAAUGUGAUGCGAUAUCCAACAUGGUCAAGCUGGAUUCGAAGCUUUUUUGAUGAAAACAAUCAAGAGGGCGUUUUGGAAUGGGAAGGACAACUGAUGCGGGUACCAAGGCACGACAGCGUGCGAUAUAUUCCAGGACGACGGAUGCUUGUUCCUAUCGAUCAUAUAACCUAUGUUCCUUUGAAUGAACGUGAACGUCAACUUGGACAUCCUGCAGCUCGUGGACCAGGCGGUGAAGCAGCAAAUACAGUGAUUGUUUACACUCCUCCAAAAUUCAGGCAACGUGUGGCUUUGUUUAUGAUAGUGCUUUGGUUAUCUGGAAGUGCGCUGCUUUGUUUGAUGACAAUUGGUCCUCUUGUGCUUGGUCGAUAUAUCUUCAAGAAAGGAUUCAGAGUGGAAUCUCCGGUGCAUGAUAUGUAUUCCUAUUCCGUGGGUAGUGUUGUUGUACUAUUGGUUGGCAGUUGGAUAGGCCAACUCUUUAUUGCUAUACGUGAUGUGAUAUCUCAAUCAAAUGCGACUGCAAGAAUGACUAGCUUUAUGAAUCAUUUUCGAAAUAUAUCUCGCUUGUUAUUCAAGUGGUUGCUAUUCAUUGGUGUAUUUGGUGUUGGAUUCCCUCUUUUGUUUGGAUUGAUGAUAGAAUUAUAUUUCAUUCUACCUUUACAAAAUCUUGGAGAUCGUCUACCUACUUUUGAUAUAUUACCCAUCUGGAUCCGUGGUUUUGCUUGUAUGAAUGUGAUGCAUGGUUUCUUGCAUAUUUUGCCUAUCAAUCCACUUCAACACAAUAUUACUCGGGCAUUCCGACGAGGCAUCACAGAGAUGAAUGUUAGAUUUUUAUGUACAAAGGUGGUGGUACCUCUAUGUGUGAUAUGUUUCACUGCGAUUCUACUACCGAUCUUGGUCGCUUUUAUCAAUAUUCAAUUAUUAGUACCUGAUGUUAUAUCUGUCAAGAUCAAAGUAGUUCAAAUGAUGUACCCAAUUAGUUUAAUUGGAUUAGGAUCUUAUCAUAUUGGUCGAAUGGGUGCAAGAAUAGGUCAUGGUUGGAUACAAUCUAUUCGUGAAGAUCAUUAUUUAGUUGGAAGAACAUUACACAAUAUGGGUGAAUGA